GUUUAUGUAAGGCUGGCAGCAGCAGCCCUUUUGCAAAGUUUAUGAUAGAGUAUGGUGGCAAUGGGGGUUGGUUUACGGGGGAAUGGUCCGAUGGGAGGGGGACUGGCUGUGUGUGUGUGUUGCUCGGCUGUUCCGUUCAGGUUGGAUCAGUCAGCUAUUAUUUUGUGUAUUUGUGGUGUGCGAGUGAAUGUAUGUGUCUGAUAUAUCGAUUUCUGAUUGAGCGAGAGACGCAAGAUUUGGAUAAGCCAUGUCCUGCUUUCUUGAAGGUUAAGCGAAUCCGAGACAGGCCGGCGGUAACAUGAGAUAGGUGAAGGGAAAAAAUGGACGUCGAGGUUCACAAUCGAAGCCGGGAUGGAAAAGAGGGUGGCCGCGGUUCCCGCACCGGUGAAAAAUUCGUCAUGUUAUGGGCAUCUGGGAGUGUGAAAUAUGACCAGUCAGACUUCUCGGGAUUCGUGGAGGAGACGAUGGGAGUUCACACACACCGACCGGAAAGGGGGAUGGGUGCAUGACCAGGCUCGAUUGGGGUGAGCAGUGUGCGGUGCCGAAUCUUGAAUCAGGAAGUUGGCGCAUGAAGAGAGAUGGGGACGGGAGGCAAAAUCUGAAGACUGGGGGAAAGGGGAACGAUGCAAAGAAGCAUGCACGACGACGAGUUUGGGAGAUGCGAGGUGACGGAUUCUGUCAGGAAACAACAUGAGAUGGAUGAGGGGAUAGGAGCACGCCCCCCUCGGGUCCUUGGAGAUGAGGCAUGAUGAGCUCGAGCGUGCACCCCGCAUGCAGCUCUUUCGUUGCCCAAACCCCAGAUGGGAGAGAGCUGGGUCUUGCGGGCGAACCAGAUCCCAUAUCCCGACUCGAGGGUGGCUGGCGACAUGGCCCAGCACGGGAGGAUGAUGCAGCGAACCGAGGGGGGAUACCUAUGUAUGGAGUAAUUCUUGUUCCUGUUUCUUGUUUUCUUUUUGCGGCUGGUUUUUGAGAGAAGAACAGGUAGGCAGAGUUGAAUGUUUACUUGACUGAGAAGCAUGAGGUAGUAGCGUGACAGGCUGCAGGGCUAAAACAAUAGAAGUGUUUCGUUUGUCUGUUCUGAAUGUGUCAAGAGCUGCUCAAUAUCCCCCAAAACACACAAUCCGGUCCCCGCAGAGCGGCCACUCAGUGCGCAUCCCGCUCUCUCCCGCCCCGCCCCAUCCUUCCCACCCCCCACCCCACCCCACUGGUUGUGUUGUUUUAACAGCAACCCAACUGGCCAGGGGAGACAGGGCCCCGGCACCUGCAACCUGAACCUCAACCUGAACCUCACUCAACUCAGUUCGCUCACAACUCACACGCGGCACCUCACUUACAACGAACCACCUCACAUUUGGUGGGAAACGCCCUCAGACAGCCGAGGACGCCAUCGACGACUUGAUCGACGCACACAUGCAGCUGCCACACGUCCCAGGGUUCCAAUCGAAGCCAGCAGGAGCACUCAACGCCCCCCACCUCGGUGAGCGUGAAUCUUGAGGCUAGGGUCCUGGGUCUGCCGCUGGACCCGCCCAUCCUCCCAGUUGGCCGAAAAAGCAACAAGACACUUGCAGCAGCAAAAGUGAGAAAAGUGAGAAAGUGAGAUCAGAAAAGACAAAGAAACGACACGGCAGAAGCAAAGGCAGCUGCUGGCGUCUGUCCGAUGCACACCAGGUGACCACGCCUUGCUCCCAACCCUCAAAACCCAAGACGGCGCGCCAUCCACUCUGGCAGCCAUGCGGCCUCGAAAAUCCAUUUUGGGCACUGCUUCCUCACCUACCCAACCCCGCAGGCUUGGGAGUCUCAUCAACCAGACCUUUGUCUCUCUUGCCCAGUCCACCGAGCCUUUCCAGGCCACUAUUGCUUUUCCAUCAACCAGUCACUAUACCUCCCGCCCAGAGUUGACCACCACAUACGCCCCUGACGAGGCAGACGACGAGGGAGAGGACUCGUCCUAUGACUUGGACGAGGAAGACGACGGGGACGGAAUCUAUCUUGAUGAGGAAGACGACGACGAAGACGACAACAACGGGGACCACAGCUCGGACAACUACCUGGACGAGAACCUAUGUCAUAACGACCCAUAUAACUUUCCUGUUCAUAACCACCCACCACGUCCUUCAGACGUCCCACCCCAUCCCGACCUGUAUCUGUCCGAAGAGAGUGACUUCUCGGAUGGUGCUGGAACCCCGUUGGUGAAUCACUAUUCAGACGUCCUAAACCUGCUCUCUCACGACAUGGAUAUUGAAAGCGCGAGCGAUACCGACGCUGGGAUCGAGUAUUCGAGCCAUGAAGAAGAUGACGGGCUGGACAACAGCCCGCCUGGUUCCAUCAGCGGUCCCGAGCCAUCACUCCAGAGUGGCGAUGAUGUCUUUUAUGACGGCCAGCCACCAGUAGAAACAACGAUGGUUGAUUACAUGAGUGCGGCUUCAUUCCACCCAAUACCUCCACCAGCUCCCAACCCACCCAUGAUGCACCAUGCGAUGACAACUUGGUUUGAGGGUGACCACCCUGUUGCUCUCUCGAAUCCCAAUUCAGGGACCUUGAGGCCCAGCAAUUACGGCCUGGCUGAUUUUUUGCACAACUGGACACGACAGAGCAACAUGCUGCAAGGCUUGGUCCGCGGGCGAGCUCCAUGGCCAGACAAAAUCAAAGAAUUUGUCUCCGCCGAGCCGACAUGUGUCAAGCGCGAUGAUCUUCAGGGCGAUAUUUGCGACUUUCAGGGUGUCGACUGGGACGAUAUGGGGGUGCUGAGAAAAGAAGCACGGGAACGCCGGCUGCUCACUUACAACAACUAUGUUAACAUACCAGGCUCAGACAAGUGGACUCCCGAUCUGCCUGAUGUUAUGCUCUCACAAAGGGAAAGCUUCUUUCGGUUCCGCCGGAUGAAUAUCAGGCGUAAUGUGAACUUGGCCCACUUUCAACUUCGCUAUCUGUUAGGAAGCACUUCGCGUUCACGGGUCUUUUAUCCUAGCAUCAACUCCAUACAGCAACUAAAUCCCAUCUCGGGCGAAGCCCGCCCGAUUGUGAAACUGAGCGACACCGCCGGAUCACAGAUAUCAACCCUCAUCGCCGACCAUGGCGUCCUGGUGGCGGGUAGCUUUAUUGGAGAGUAUACCCUCCGCCAUCUCGAUUCGAAUGAGCCCGAGAGCAAGGCCUGCCACACCGGAACUAUCACCACCCAUCUCAGUGGUAUCACGAACCAUGUCCAGGUCCACCAGGCGCGGUCAUCCUCGUCGCCGUUGGCAGCUUUCGCCUCAAAUGACAUGGUGUUCCGGACGCUGGACAUCGCCACUGAGACUUGGCUCUCUUGCGAGAACUUUGAUUUCCCGUUGAACUGCACAGCGCUGUCACCAGACAAGCGGUUGCGUGUCAUGGUGGGCGACACGCUAAACGUGGCCAUCACAGCGGCUGAAUCAACACUUCCAGACGGCAAACCGGAGGUCCUCCGUGAACUUUCGGGUCACCACGAUUUCGGCUUCGCCUGUGACUGGGCGGACGACGGCUGGACCAUCGCCACGGCGUUCCAAGACAAGUCUGUCAAAAUAUGGGAUGCCAGGUACUUGACCGAUAGCUCAGGCGCCUCGGUUCCCCUCUGUACGAUUCGAAUGCAGAUGGCCGGGGCGAGAAACUUGAGAUUCUCGCCAGUGGGAAGCGGCAAGAGAGUCCUCGUGGCGGCCGAGGAAGCCGACUUUAUCAACAUCAUCGAUGCCCAGACGUUCCGCUCCAAGCAGACGUUGGAUGUGUUUAGCGAAAUCGGCGGUGUAACUUUUGCAAACGGCGGUCAGGAUCUAAUGGUCUUGUGCUGUGACCGUGAUCGUGGAGGGUUGCUGCAACUGGAACGGUGUGGGCUUGGAGACGAGCCAGUCUUCCAGGCGGAGGACGACAACGGUAAGCCAGUCCGUCUUGGAGAGCACCCUCUCCGGCAUCACAGAGGCGAUAGCUAUGACUGGCCCGAGUCCAUGUUCACAGAAGACAGAAGAAGGAAAGAGAGCUGGACGAAGAGGUACAGGAAGGCGGCGGCGCAGUUCGAUAUCGAACCGUUCUGAUUAUAAUGUUGGCCCUGCCUUUGUUGGUCUAGAGACGGACUCAUUUUGCAUGAUUCAAGUGGGCGACUGAAGGAAAUAGCUUUUGGUGGAAUGAUACCUUGGACAUUGACGGACGGUUGGCUGAGGACCUCGGCAUUUUCACAUAUACGCUUUUUUGGGGGGGGGGUUUUUGGAUGUUAUGCUUCUUUCUGUUUGUUAUUGAUGGGAAGAAAUGAGGGGGUAUGACGCAACGAAGUCCCAUAUCGAUGCUGUCUGAGCGUUCAGGGAUCAUUGAGCAUGUGAGUGUUGAGCGGAAAUCAUCGAUGGUUUUGGACGUGUAACGAUAACAAGCCACCGUAUCAUGUGAGAAGGCGGUUGGGGACUGAGGAAGCUGUGAGGAAUGAAGGCUAAGGCAUAGCAUACUAUACUAUGCAUCUGUACUUUCCACUUUUAUUUUUCUAUAUUCCCACCGUUUCAUUUUCUGUUGGCUUCACCAUUCAUCGAGCAAUACCCCGUUUCUCUUUACUCAGCCUCACUCACACCUUUCUUCGGAUACGUUUGAAGAGCAAUACAUAUCAAGCGGCUGGUUCGCCGAGCAGUGUAA